CUCCUAUAUACAAUGCCCAAUAUGCUAUCGGCAAUUUGAGGAUACCGUCAAGUUUCAGGAUCUAUGCUCAUCGCAACAGAUACUCAUGCAUGUUAUAGGCUCACCGCAAUUCUUGUCUCUCGCUAUGACGUGCAGAUUGAAGCGAGCAUCGACAUUUCCAGCCUUGUGAUCCCGUCUGAUCUCUCAAACAACGUCCCUGUAAUCGACCUAGAGGAGAGACCUUCCAUAGCCACCGCCAACCAGACAAACGCUGUCGCAGACGAGAUAAUGGUCGCCAGCCCUUCGGACCAACACCGUCAUCGUGAAGCACAGGAAGUUGAGGUUCACAUGGAGGCUGGACCCUCUAAUCAAGGCCGCGAGCACGAUGUGGAGCAAGGGCAGGCGGAGGGAGAGGCCACAGAGGAUUGGGAGGAAGAAGACGAUUGGGAGGACGACUACUAAGGCGAGGAGCUGGAGUUGUUCAUGUAAUGUGGUUUGGAAUCUGGUCCGCAAUUCUUCCCCUGUAUUUAAACUUUCCUAUACUAGGCCGCAGUCGUCUGUUUCCGUAUUUAUUGGUUUUUGGAAGGUCGGUACCAUCCUCGCUGUGAAACACCGCUCAUACUAUGUAUGCUGCGCGCGCAUCCUGUUUUCUAUUCAUAUAAUACUUUGUCCGCAUACGUAGUUAGAUGUGCAAUGUCAUCCGUAUGCUUGGACUAUCUACAGGACGUUCAUGCAUGGUAUAAAUAUCUAUUUUCUAUCGCG